AUGAUGAUGCAUACACCGCUUAUGAUCAUAACUUUCAUUCUGUCCAUCGGAGUGAGCCUACAAAAAACCUCACCCUGUCCAUCCGUGUUUGUCUACGAUGAACGAGACGACUCCAACGAUACCUGGUUCGGCACGAUACGGCUGAAAAGUAACGUCCCACUGCACGGGGUGUUUGUGGACAUAGUUUUCUCCUCCCCGGUUUCCGCCUUUGGGACGUUCCUGCAACAGCACCAUACCGACGAUAACGUCGUCUUUCACGUCACGGACAAAUCGUACCAGGUACGAGCGGGCGAGAUUGUGACAAUCAAGUUUUACGUGCGCUUCACGGUUGGCCGAUCGGUGCCGUUGCUGCAGCAGAUACGUUUCAAUGGGCAAAACAUUUGCAAUAAAUCGGCGACGGCGGGGGUGGCGAGUCCUGAUAGAGAGACGUUUAGUAGAAGCCAGAAUGUUCCUAGUUUGGAAACGACAAGAGAUAAUGAUUAUUCUCACGUAGUGCAACCGAUCGUAACGCAACCUCCUUCACAAACCUUCGGACAACCAAAGUACUCAAGUUCCAGCUCAUCGCAUGGCCCGGUGGCAACGAGAGAAGCUAUUCCACAACCAAUCAACAGUUCACCGACGUUUGGUGGUGAUACGUUCUCCCCUCGAUUCAAAACAGAGGAUCUCGCUGAGCACACUUCAGAGCCUAGGGAGCUAGGAACUGGGGACGAGGUUAACCUGGGCCGGGGACCCACCACACCCACCAUUGCGGAGAAAGAUGACGAUAAGUUUUUCGCCGGUGACUACGCUUUCAUCCAAAAAGAUGGCCCCACCAACGGGAGCCCACAUUACAUCAACGAUGGAGUGGACACCUGCGGGACGGUGGUACCGAAGCCAAACCCACUGGUGACGCACGGUUGGGUGUCAGAAAAUGGUCAAUUCCCGUGGCACGGUGCACUCUACCGGAGUAGGGUAACGCAGCUCAAGUACCUCUGCGGGGCAACGUUGAUUUCGCGCCGGGCAAGUGUCACCGCAGCGCACUGUGUAACGCUGGCGAACACCAACCGGCCAGUCGAUGUGGACAGUCUGCUGGUGUACUUUGGCAAGAUCGAGCUAGACAAGUGGAACGGCCCCGAGCAGGAUGCGAAGAUCAGCGCCAUCCAUAUCCCGUCCGAGUACAACCACGAACGAUUCUAUCAGGACAUAGCGCUGCUGGUGCUGAAGGACGAUGUGAAGUACAGUAGCGUUGUGCGGCCCAUCUGCCUGUGGAGCUACGACACGGACUACAAAUCGCUGAUCAAUAAGGUCGGAUUGAUUCCGGGCUGGGGGUACAACGAUCGUGGAUUGGUUAGUUCCCGGUUGUCCUACGCGCAGAUGCCGGUCGUGUCGCACGAGACUUGCAUAUGGUCCAAUCGAAACUUCUUCAGCCGUGUCACGUCGGACACGUCGUUCUGCGCUGGGUUUAAGAACGGAACUUCCGUCUGCAAUGGGGACAGUGGUGGUGGGAUGGUGUUUAAAAUCAGCAAUCGCUGGUACCUGCGGGGUAUCGUGUCGGUGAGUGCCGCGCUGCAGGACCUCUUGCGAUGCAAUGUGGAACAUUACGUGGUUUUUACGGAUGCAUCCAAAUUUACCACGUGGAUCAAGAAUAUCUUAGAGGCAACUGGCUAUCAGAAGGAGUACGAAGGAACGCUGGAACUUCGCCCCAACAUAACCUUGCGCUAUGUUCAGCUGGUGAUACAGUUUGAUGGUGAAGUGGAACAGUUGCGUAACUACUUUGGCCGGAUAACAACCACUGACCACCACAGCUUCCACAUCGCAAAUAUGACUCACGCCCUGCAAGCCGGUUCGGUGGUAAAGAUUCCUUUGGAAGUUUCCUACACGAGCGUCUCGAAGCCAUCAAUCGUACGAAUCGAAGUCAACGGGGUAACGAUUUGUCCCGUGAACGUACGACCAUUGGUACAACAGUUUGGUGAUCCAAGGAUUCCGACCACGAUGGUAACUGCUGGCCAACGGCCGUCCCUAUUCGUUGAUUCCUCCGGAAUACCGUCGUCUAAGGAAACGAUUUCACGGUCGGUGGCUACCACCUACCCGGAAGUGAACUCCAGAAAUGCCACCAACGGACCAAGGCAGCAAUUCAACUCGUCCUGCCAAGCAAUCCGUGCCGGUGUUAUAGUCUCGGCGGGACGCUGGGAUGCCGUGUUGCACCUGGUGGCCGAAAAUACGGUCGACCGUGCGGUUAUAGAUAUCGUAUUCGAUCAACCGAUCUACAUGCUGGGGAAUCAUUUUGGUGAAGUAACAACGGAGGACAGUGUACGAUUUAGGAUUGAAAACCGAACGUUUAUCCUAGCGAAGGAUGCCGAGAUUGAGUUGAACUUCUUUAUCCGCUACAAUCAAAUGGGCCACAUGCCGGAUGUGGUUGAGAUUAAUUUUAACGGACAUAAUUACUGCACGCAACGAAGGCGACGGGUUUUGGAUGAGUCUCGGGAUAUUGUCCGGCGAACGACUGGGGCACCGAGUAUAGAACGCACCUUUUCGAUAGAAACUACCGAAAGGAAAAAUGGUGCAUCCCCCUUCGAAUAUAAUGAAUGUGCAACGGUUUUGCCACCGAUGUCCACCCGUAUAAGAUCCAGGAUCAUCGGUGGGGUGGAAUCUAGCCAAGGCGAACAUCCGUGGCACGUGGCGAUAUAUUUGGACGAUCAAUAUCAAUGCGGCGGUAGUAUCGUCGGCCGGCGCUGGAUUUUAACGGCCGCUCACUGUCUUACGCGCCAGAAUACUAACGAAACGCUGGAAGCCGAUCUGUUCCGCGUGUAUACCGGCAUCAUCGAUAUCAGCACGAUCGAUGACCAUUUCUAUCGAACGGUUGACGAGGUAAUCGUCCACCGGGACUACAGCCCCGUGAUGUACACGACGGACAUUGGGUUGCUUCGAUUGAAGCGAAACAUCACCUACAACAGCUUUAUCAAACCGGUGUGCUUGUACAACCGGACGGUGGAUAUAAGCUCGUUCUACGGACGCGAUGGCAAGGUGACCGGUUGGGGUUUCAAUCGAGACGGAGUCAUUAGCAACGUAUUGAACUAUUUGGAGGUACCGGUCGUGUCGCAGAAGGUGUGCUCGCAGCGGAAUGUUCAGUUCAACGGGGUGCUUGCUGUCGGUGAAUCAUUUUGUGCUGGUCACGCGGAUGGAAAUUCCGUCUGCAAUGGAGACAGUGGCGGUGGAUUGGUAUUUGCAGAGGAUACUCGCUAUUACCUCCGUGGUAUCGUUUCAAUUAGUGCCCAACGACGCAACCUUCUUAUUUGCGAUGCGAACCAAUACUCCGUGUUUACCGAUGCAUCCAAAUUCCUCGAGUGGAUACGAAAGCAGAUAUCUUAA